AUGGCCCCUCUUCCAGAACCAGCCCUGAGAGCAAGGGCAGACAAGCAGAGACCCUUCUGUGAGCCCUGCAGCCUACGUCCAGCCCCAGGCCUGAAGAUGGAUGUCCUGGAAACCACCAAGUUGCUGGAUGAGGAGCUCUACUCAAGGCAGAUGUAUGUGCUGGGCUUACCUGCCAUGCAGAGGAUUCAGGAGGCCAAGGUGCUGCUGUCAGGCCUUCAGGGUCUGGGGGCUGAGGUGGCCAAGAACUUGGUCCUGAUGGGUGUGGGCAGCCUCACUCUGCAUGAUCCCCACCCCACCUGCUGGUCCGACCUGGCUGCCCAGUUUUUCCUCUCAGAGCAGGAUUUGGAAAGGAGUAGGGCUGAUGCCUCUCAAGAGCACUUGUCUCAGCUCAACAGGGAUGUCCACGUCUUCAUCCACAAAGGUGACAUCACUGAGGACCUGCUGCUGGACUUCCAGGUCGUGGUGCUGACUACCUCAGAGCUAGAAGAGCAGCUGAAGGUGGGCACCUUAUGCCAUGAGCAUGGAAUCUGCUUUCUGGUGGCUGACACCCGGGGCCUUGUGGGGCAAUUGUUCUGUGACUUUGGUGAGGACUUCACUGUGCAGGACCCCACAGAAGAAGAACCCCUGACAGCUGCCAUCCAGCACAUCUCUCAGGGCUCCCCUGGCAUUCUCACUCUGAAAGAGGCUGAUACCCACUUCUUCCAUGAUGGGGACUUGGUGACUUUCUCAGGCAUUGAAGGCAUGGUUGAGCUCAAUGGCUGUGCUCCCCGGCCCAUCUGUGUGCAGGAAGACAGGUCCUUGACAAUCGGGGACACAACAACUUUCUCCCAUUACUUGCGUGGUGGAGCUGUCAUUGAAGUCAAGAGACCCCAAACUGUGAGACACGAACCCCUGGACAGAGCCCUGUUCCAGCCCCGUGUGGUAGCCCAGAGUCUCCAGGAAGUUCAUCGUGCCCGCUGCCUGCAUCAGGCCUUUCGUGCACUGCACAAGUUCCAGCACCUCAAUGGCCGGCCGCCCCAGCCCUGGAAUGCUGUUGAUGCAGAAACCGUGGUAGGCCUGGCACAGGCCCUGGAACCACUGAAGGGUACAGAAGAAGAACCAUUGGAAGGGUCACUGGAUGAUGCCCUUGUACGGAAAAUCGCCCUGAGCAGUGCUGGUGUCUUGAGCCCCAUGGCAGCCAUGCUGGGUGCAGUGACAGCCCAGGAAGUGUUGAAGGCAAUCUCCAGGAAGUUUAUGCCCCUAGACCAGUGGCUGUACUUUGAUGCACUUGACUGUCUUCCAGAAGACAGGGAGCUUCUUCCCAAUCCUGAGGACUGCACCCCGAGGGGCUGCCGCUACGAUGGGCAAAUUGCAGUGUUUGGGGCUCGUUUUCAGGAGAAAGUGAGCCUCCAGCACUACCUCCUGGUGGGUGCUGGUGCCAUCGGCUGUGAGCUGCUCAAAUGCUUUGCCCUAGUGGGCCUGGGGGCCGGGGGCAGCGGGGGUGUGACUGUUGCUGACAUGGACCACAUAGAGCGCUCCAACCUCAGCCGUCAGUUCCUCUUCAGGCCCCAGGAUAUUGGUAAACCCAAGGCAGAAGUGGCUGCAAAAGCUGCUCAGGCUCUGAACCCAGACUUACAGGUGACCCCGCUCACCCACCCACUGGAUCCCAGCACAGAGCACAUCUAUGGGGACAACUUCUUCUCCCAUUUGGAUGGUGUCGCUGCUGCACUGGACAGUUUCCAGGCCCGGCGCUAUGUGGCUGCUCGCUGCACCCACUAUCUGAAGCCACUGCUGGAGGCAGGCACAAAAGGCAUCAAGGGCAGUGCUUCAGUGUUCAUGCCACAUGUGACUGAGCCCUAUAGAGCUCCUGCCUCAGCUGCAGCAUCUGAGGAUGCCCCUCUCUGCACAGUGCGGCACUUCCCCAGCACAGUCAAGCACACCCUGCAGUGGGCUCGAGAUGAGUUUGAGGGACUCUUCAGACUGUCUGCACAAACCAUCAACCGCUACCAACAGGCCCGCACUUCCCUGGCAGACAUGGAUGGGCCACAGAUACUGACCUUACUGCAGCCGGUGCUGGGCGUCCUGAGAGUGCGCCCACAGACCUGGCAAGACUGUGUGGUGUGGGCCCUUGGCCACUGGCAACGAUGCUUCCAUUAUGGCAUCAUACAGCUGCUGAGGCACUUCCCACCUGAUAAAGUUCUUGAGGAUGGAACUCCCUUCUGGUCGGGUCCCAAACAGUGUCCCCAGCCCCUGGAAUUUGACCCCAGUCAAGACACACAUCUCCUCUAUGUGCUGGCGGCUGCUAACCUGUAUGCCCAGAUGCAUGGGCUGCCUGGUUCAAAGGACCGGACUGCACUCAGGGAACUCCUGAAGUUGCUGCUACAGCCUGACUCCCAGAACUUGGCCCCUAUAUUUGCUCAGAACCUAGAGCUGGCUUCUGCUUCUGCUGAGUUUGACACUGAGAAGUUGAAGGCACUUCACAAAGCCCUGGAAGUCUGGAGCAUUGGCCGUCCCCUGAAGCCUCUUGUGUUUGAGAAGGAUGACAACUACAACUUCCAUAUGGACUUUGUGGCUGCAGCAGCUAGCCUACGAUCUCAGAACUAUGGGAUCCCAUCAGUCACCCAUGCCCAGAGCAAGCAAAUCGUGGGCCAGAUUAUUCCAGCCAUUGCCACCACAACAGCGGCAGUGGCAGGCCUGUUGGGUCUAGAGCUGUAUAAGGUGGUGGACGGGCCACGGGCCCUGAGUGACUUUCGCCACAGCUAUCUGAACCUGGCUGCAAACCUCCUCAGCCGCUGGGUGCCUUUUGCCCCAGACAUCCAAACGUUUCAUCACCUGAAGUGGACCUGUUGGGACCGCCUGAAGGUGCACGCUGGGCAGCCUGAGAGGACCCUGGAGUCACUGCUGGCCCAUCUCCAGGAGCAAUAUGGGUUGAGGGUGAGGAUGCUGCUGCAUGGCCCAGCCCUGCUCUAUUCAGCAGGAUGGUCACCUGAAAGGCAGGCCCAGCACCUGCCCCUCAGGGUGACAGAACUGGUUCAGCAGGUGACAGGCCGGGUGCCUGAGCCUGGGCUGCGGGUGCUGGUACUGGAGCUGAGCUGUGAGGGUGAGAAGGAGGACACUGCCUUCCCACCUCUGCACUAUGAGCUGUGACAAGACAGUCGUCCCAGCACCUGGCUCUACUGAACCCUGCAUCUUGAGCU